AUGGAGAAUCGAAUGAGCAUGCUUAGAGCUGUUAAGAGUGUUAUACGGCGUGGUAUUAAAGCUGAUAUUAGUGAACAGUUUGAUAUUGGUAAGACAUUCUUCUGGUGGAGUCAACAAAAGCAAAGUGAUAAUCUACAACAAUUAGAAAUGGCUGCGAUAUUAGCUGUUGGUAAUGAAAAUGUUUCAUCAUCUUCAGCCUAUCGUUCCCGGUAUGUAGUAAUGAUCUUCAGAUUAUUCAUUCGUACUGUCAUAUAACAUAUACACAUCCUAGUGUGUGUAUAUCUGCACAUCAUUCUAGGUUAGGUCGAGUCAGGUUAUGUGGAAAUUGUAAUUCGCAUUCUCACAUAACAUAUUCGCACAAACAGCCAGUACUGAAAUGUUAUCUUGUAGCUCACUCUCAGGGGGGGGGGGGGGGGGGGGGGGGGGGGGGGGGGGGGGGGGGGGGGGGGGGGGGGGGGGGGGGGGGGGGGGGGGGGGGGGGGGG